UCUCUCUCUCUCUCUGCCAUGUAUUCUUCAACCUCAAACGAGAUGAUGUACUCUCCGCCACCAUCAGCACCCCCUGAACCACCACAGCCACCGCUAUUUACACCACAUUCUUUCCAUUCCAUGUACCCCACACCACCAGUAGUACCAACCGCCAAUAUUUCAGCGAAUGUGUCAAAUAAAAAAGUUGGUAUAACCGCUCCCAACUUUCCUUCUUCUCAUGUUCCGGGGCCUUGGUCCACUGGCCUUUGCGGUUGUUGUGAGGACGUUGGCAGUUGUUGCUUGACAUGUUGGUGCCCUUGUGUUGCAUUCGGUCGAAUAGCAGAAAUCGUUGAUCGAGGAUCCACUUCAUGUGGAGUGAGUGGGGCAAUCUACUUAUUGAUGAUGUCCGCCACGGGGUGCUCAUGCUUGUACUCUUGCUUUUACCGAUCCAAAUUGAGGGGCCAGUAUUUCUUGGAUGAGAGCCCUUGUGCUGAUUGCUGUGUCCAUUGUUGUUGCGAGGAGUGUGCUUUAUGUCAAGAGUAUAGACAGCUUCAGAACCAGGGUUUUGACAUGUCUAUAGGGUGGCAUGGAAAUAUCGAAAGGCAAAAACGAGGGAUAGCAGAGCCUCCAUCAAAGCAAAAUGAGAUGAAUCGCUGGGAAUGACAGAGAUGUGUUUUUGAGUUUGUUCAUUGACAUUACGAUGAUCGAUCUAUCAGGAUACCUACUUAAUUACUAAAAAAUGACUAAUUGAUGUUGCACGUACAAUGUUUAUGGUUCAGUUUUGCACAUUUCUUGUGUAUCAGCAACCAAAAAAAGUAUUAUUUGGGAGCUUCUUCUUGCAAGAUUAAUUUAAUUUCAAGGGAUUA